UGUAAGGAAUCCCAGAAUUCCAUCCAAGACCAUAUUGACUCGGGUGACUCAUUUAUCCACCCCAACAAAGACAUAAAGACUUGGACUUUUCUUCUCUUUCUGCUGGUUUUGCCUCAUUUUCAAAGGCCCUAUUUCAAAUUUUGAUGGCUGAAUUUGGUUCUUAAAAUGUUGUCUUAUUUUGAUAUGAAAUUAUUAUUUUAUUUUAUGGGUCUCAUUUAUUUUGGUUGGUAAGCUUUUUCCAGGUCUAGCUGCCGUGUAAGGACUUCCUGUAAAUCAUAUACUGUUGUUUCUUUAGCCUUUUUGAAGUCUCUCUGGGGCUUGUGGACCAACAAUUGAGUCUCAUUUAGAAAUUCCUCUGAGUUGUUCAUUUUUGGUAUUUUUGGGAAAAGCUGCUGCAAAUCUAAAAGCUGCAAAAUCUGACUGGGAGAGAUUUAAGACUGCAUUUUAUUGAGAUUCUCUUCGUCUCCGGAUCUAAAAGUGAGGAAAUUUGUGAAUGUGAGUUGUCGGGGCACUAUGAAGUGUUUCCCAUUCUACAUUGCAGACAAGAAGGAUGAAUCAAGGACUGUAAAGACAACCUCAGUUCAAUCCACUAAUUCGACAUUUACUGAUCAUGAAGUUGGGAGAUCUGGGUCUGAAUUGAAUUCUCAAAAUGUCUCAGGCACCAGUACAGAAUCCAUUGUGAGACCCUUAUUUCCUAGCGUGUCACAAAGACCCAGCAAUCUUAGAGUGUUCACAGUUGCUGAGCUUAAGUCAGCUACCAGGAACUUCAGCCGUUCUGUCAUGCUUGGAGAGGGUGGAUUUGGUUGUGUCUAUAGAGGGUCUAUCAGAAGUGCAGAUGAUCCAACUAGAAGGCUUGAAGUUGCAGUGAAACAGCUUGGUAAAAGAGGGAUGCAG